UGAAAACUAGAUCAUAUGACACUUUUCUCUAUUCUUUUUGUUGUGAAAUUAACAGGUUACACACAGUAUGGAACCCCUUUGGCCUCAUAUGAAAGUCGUCACGAGUCACAGACAUUGGUGCAGCCAUCUGGAAGGUACGAGCGUGAGGUGAAACAAGCAACAUACAGUAUUCAGAGCUCUGAUAGCAGUGGUAGAUCAUCCCCUCGUUCCUCACCAUACACCAGUCAAUAUGCUAAUCUAUCGACUCUACAGAACACGUACAGUACAAGUCCUGCUCCCCAGACAUAUAGUACAUCUAACUACGGCAGUUCACAGACGUAUAACACUUCACCAUCGUAUGGCCAAUAUUCAUCGUCUAACAUCAGAAGUAACAGCCCUGUAAGAUACUCUCCAAGCUCUCCACGACAGACUGAAGAAUCUGGCGUCACAUAUGCACAGAUUGCACCGAGGUCAGAAUCUGGCGUAACAUACGCCCAGAUUGCACCAAGGUCAGACCGACCAGUUCCUGGACCCCAAAUGCCCAUUCAGAUCAAAGUAGCAGAUUCGCAGCAACAGUCAUACCCGUCACCAAGUCAGUCGCAGUAUUCUAGAUCAUUACAAGGGCAACAGCAGACGUCACCAGGAUAUUCCUCUUCAAUGUCCCCUAGAGGUGGGGACCCAAGGGGAGGGAGUUCUAAGGAACAGGAAGUAGAUGCAUUGACUCAGAUGUUGAUGCAGGGGUUAGAAGGGACAAAAGAUCCUGAUUUCUUUGGAAUAUGUGCCAAAUGUGGGAAGAAAGUGGUUGGGGAAUCUAAUGGAUGUACAGCAAUGGAUCAAGUCUUCCAUAUAGCAUGCUUUGUCUGUGUUAGUUGUGGUACUUUACUGAGAGGUAAAUCAUUCUAUGCUAUGGAGAGGAAACCACACUGUGAACCGUGUUACAUGAAUACCCUGGAAAGAUGUUCAAUCUGUUCAAAGCCUAUCACAGAUAGAUUGUUACGAGCUACAGGAAAGCCGUACCACCCUGCUUGUUUUACCUGCGUAGUGUGUGGUAAAUCUCUAGAUGGUGUACCUUUCACUGUGGAUGCUACCAACCAAAUACACUGUAUAGAGGAUUUUCACCGGAAGUUUGCACCGAGAUGUUGUGUAUGUAUGAAGCCAAUCAUGCCAGAGAAAGGCCAGGAAGAGACUGUGAGGGUGGUUGCUAUGGACAGAAGCUUCCAUGUUAACUGCUAUAGGUGUGAGGCCCUGUGGAGAUCUUUUGGUAUCUGA